AUGGUCCGCGAUGAUUAUGAGCUGCAAUCGUUGGACGAACACGCUACGGACACAAUGGUGCCGGUGGAGGCGCCGUCGUUGCCGCCUAAAGACGAAUUCCUGCGUUCGCCUAUUUCCCAGCCAUUGGCACCGGCUCCUCCGUUAACAAGAAGACAGAAGCGCAACGUUGCACUUUUACUACUGCUGUACCUGUUGCAGGGCGUGCCGAUGGGCCUUGUACAAGGCAGCAUACCGUAUCUGCUGCGUCCACAUUCGACAUACGCCGAGCUAGCCGUAUUUUCGCUGGCUUCAUACCCAUACAGCCUUAAAGUGCUGUGGAGUCCCAUCGUCGACACCUUUUAUUUUCGCAAGUUUGGACGGAGAAAAACAUGGAUUGUGCCGUGUAUACUACUAAUUUCUCUCGCAAUGUUUCUCCUUUCUUUCUGCGUGGAGGACUGGAUCGAACACAGCUCGGAACACAUUCACGCGUUCACAUUCUGGAGCUUCAUGCUCGUUUUCCUGUGUGCGACACAGGACAUUGCAGUGGACGGCUGGUCCUUGAAUAUGCUGGAGCCCGAACAAAUUAAUUAUGCCUCUACGGCGCAAUCUGUCGGCCUUAAUACAGGCUUUUUCCUCUCAUUCACCGUUCUGCUCGUUCUCAUGUCCCCCGUCUCUUCCAAGCUUCUCCCCACCAUUGCAAAACCCAAUGUCGGACUCGUGACACUGUCUGGCUAUUUGCGCUUCUGGUCCGUUGUUGCCUUCGUCGCAUCUAUUCUCGUUUGUGUCGUGGACGAACAGGCUUCUGUGACCAUUGAAGACGUUAGGAGCAUCUGGGCCUCUAUUUUCCGGGUCUUUUCCAUUAAAAACAUGCGCCACUACUCUGUAUUCCUAUUACUGUGCAAGCUUGGCUUCGUCGCCAACGAAACGCUCACGUUUCUCAAGCUCUCUGAAAAGGGACUGAGCAAUGCACUGCUCUCCAUCAUUAUUCUUAUCGAUUUCCCCAUAAGUUUAGCGCUUGGAGUAUAUAUCGGUCGAGCAAGCCAACACAGGCCCUUGUCGAAAUGGCUUCUGGGCUACCGCUUGCGCAUCUUCGCCAACGCUUUUAACGUCCUGCUAAUGUUUCUCCUAACCCAUACCACUAUUAACGUUUAUUCCUUCUUCGUCAUUCUGUUCUGCUACUUGUUCAGCUCCUCUGUCGGCACCAUCCAGUUCGUCGCGAUUGGUGUCUUUCACAGCCAAAUCUCAGACCCUUUUAUUGGGGGCACGUAUAUGACCAUUCUCAAUACAUUGAGCAACCUGGGUGGCACCUGGCCCAAAUACAUGCUGCUCAAGGCAGCCAAUGCAAUGACCGUUUCCUUCUGUUCCGUAUCUAGUGAGCUUUCGUGUGCGACAGACGACUCGAAAGCUCAGUGUGUUGCACAGGGUGGCACCUGCAUUAUGAGGAGUGACGGUUACUAUUCCAUUUCCGUCGUAGGUAUUUUGACAGCAACCAUCCUCCUCUACACCGUUAUUCUCCCCAUCUUGCGCAAGCUGGAGAAGGCGCCACGUUCCUCUUGGGCUGUUGCGCCCACGUCGGCUAACGUGUAG